AUGCUCCAAGGACCUGUGAUAUAUUCGUCUCUCGACCAUAGACGGUUUUUACCCCUUGAAUCGUCAUCGUUGUCAUCAUCAUCAUCGUCAUCAUCAUUAUCAUAUAUAUCUACGGCGUCACCAUCAUCUGCGUCGCACUCAAGUUAUGAUGAUUCUAUUCAUUCGUCGCCACCAUCCUCCUUCGACUCACCCACAUCUGCCAAAUUCCUAACACUGUCGGAUCGUCUUCCUUCUUCCCUCUCAGCAGCGUCUUCAUCGUUGUCAUACUAUUCCCCUGCAUCUGCUGUAUCAUCUGCCACGUCUGUGGAUAUCGCGUCCCCUUACAGUAGUCUCGAGUCCGGAAAUUCGUUAAGCGAGUAUGAUACCCCACGUCGCACUAAUGCGGCUGCCGAAGCCGCGUUGAAGCACGCUUCGAAUCUGCAAAGGCAAGCUUCCUCUGCCCAAGCUUUACCUAAAGAGCAGCUACAGAAUCCACGACGAACGAGGAGACUGUUAGAUACUCAGGAUGCAAAUCCCGUUGGUCCCCAGCUUAUUGCCGCACCUCCACCUCUUGUUCGACAAGCUGACCGAAAAGUUAACUUCGUCGAUAAUCUCGUCGACACCGCUGCACAGAUUGUUGAGGCUAUCUGGCCGUCGUCCAUGCAGAAACCAUGUGAACCAUCCCUGGGUAGAGUUUUGCCUUUGCGAACUUUCAUCCAAGAGACCCUACGGAGGUCACGCACUUCGUACUCUACACUGCAGGUCGCUCUUUACUAUCUGUUUGUCAUCCGGGCCUUUAUUCCGAUUGAUGAAGCUGCUCUUCACCUUUCUGAGUCUUGUCCAGAUGCUCGAGCCUUGCAAUGUGGGCGACGUAUGUUUCUGGCUGCUCUUAUUCUUGCUUCCAAGUACUUGCAGGAUAGGAAUUAUUCGGCACGUGCUUGGAGCAAAAUAUCUGGCCUGAACAUCACGGAAAUUAACACAAACGAACUAGCCUUCUUAACGACGGUCAACUGGAAGCUACAUAUUUCGGACCACAUAUUCGACAGAUGGACUAAGAUUGUCCUCAAGUGUACCCCUACGACGUCAAUACUUCCGGCGAAAGCCUCUGUCCACUGCAAUUUUGCCUCAAACAGAUGGAUUCAUAUAUUUUCGCAAUUGAAUGGCUCGUUGGAUUUGCUUAUCCUCGAAGAUAUGCUCGCCGAAGAGUCGCCAGCCGUCCGAUGCACGGAGUCUAAGCUCUCUAGCUUGCAAACUAUCAACCCCGAAGAUUCCGCGGCCUCUGUGCCGAACUUUGCUACAGCAUCUGUAUCAGGCAAAAUCAAUUCUAUGGCUUUUGCUCUAGCAGCUCCUACGGUAGGCCGUGGCAUGUGUAACGAGAACAUGCCUACCAGAUCUUCUGAUGAGCGGUUGCCAGCUCGUUGUUCCCGCAAGUCCUCUUUGUCGGUUUGUGAAACCAUUGAUUCCUGUCAGAUGGAUGUCUCUGCGAUCAAUAGUUCGAUGCCUACCUGCUCUUCUGCUCUUCGCAACUUAACACGUUCUUCGGACAAGUUGACGAUAGUGGUUGAUCCAAGGCAGCAGUUGAGCUCCUUAAGCAGAAGCACAGCCCCCGUUCAAGUAACACCCGUGCGGGAGCAAAUCCUCGGAAAUGUUCGCAUGGGGUCAGGGCACACAAUCCCGACGCCCUCUGCUGUAUCUAUGCCGCCGGUUUCUGGGAAGAAUCGGAAGCGUGGCAAUGAGACGCCUGUCGCAUCUCGGCACCAGAAGAAACAAAGAGAUAGGCACGGUGAACCCGACUCUCAAAAGGUGUCGGAACCUGUUGUUCCUUCUGGCCUCACCCCGCAGAUGCGACAGAUGAACACCAAUUUCUCGAUUUCGGGGAAGAAGGGAAACGGAAUACGGAUGAACAUCAACCCCGGGCUCUCCUUAAGCAAUAUGGCGCAUGGGCAAAUGAUGAGGCCAGGCACUGGCCAAAGGUCCAUGGGACAUGUUGUUUACGGCUAA